CUGAUCCAAGUUAGGAGCUUUCAGCUGCCAGCCUUGGCCCAUCAUGUAAGUGCUGCGGAGGAUUCUUUGCAGUCAUUUGCAGAAUUACCUGAUUUCCAGACGCCUGCCGGGCACGUGCAUCCACACCGGCGCUCCGUGCACGGACACGCGCGCUCCGGACGCAAAAAGGCUCCAAGUGCAUGAAGAUCUUUGGCUUCUGUUUCUGCAUCUUUGUUGCAAAAGCAAGCCGCUGAAGCUUCCAGUGCUGCGAGGGCGAUGGAGGGAGGGAGUGAGAGAGAAGGCAAAGUCUUUUGUGCUUCCCCUCCCCCUCAUCAAAGCAAAGGGGAAAUGUCUCAGCCAAAGGGAGGUAAGAAGAAGCGUGUGCAGCUCAAGCUCCAACCGGAGGCGUUUGAGCAGCCUCCUCCUGCUGCAGGACCGCCCAGAGAUCUGGAUUCGAAAGCCUGCGUGACCGUCGGAGAGAAGAACUUCGAGGUGAAGGCAGAUGACCUGGAGCAGAUCUGCGAGCUGGGCAGAGGAGCGUACGGCGUGGUGCACAAGAUGAGGCACAUGCCCAGCGGCCUGAUCAUGGCUGUGAAGCGUAUUCGUGCCACGGUGAACACUCAGGAGCAGAAGAGGCUGCUGAUGGACCUCGACAUCUCCAUGAGGACGGUGGACUGCUUCUACACCGUCACCUUCUACGGAGCGCUCUUCAGAGAGGGGGACGUCUGGAUCUGCAUGGAGCUGAUGGACACGUCCCUCGACAAGUUCUACAAGCAGGUGAUCGAGAAAGGCAUGACCAUCCCCGAGGACAUCCUGGGAAAGAUCGCCGUCUCUAUAGUAAAAGCUUUGGAGCAUCUGCACAGCAAUCUGCAAGUCAUACACCGAGACGUCAAGCCCUCCAACGUGCUCAUCAACACUCAGGGCCAGGUGAAGAUGUGCGACUUUGGCAUCAGCGGCUACCUGGUGGACUCUGUGGCUAAGACCAUGGACGCCGGCUGCAAACCCUACAUGGCGCCUGAGAGGAUCAACCCGGAGACCAACCAGAAAGGCUACAACGUGAAAUCUGACAUCUGGAGUUUAGGAAUCACCAUGAUCGAGCUGGCGAUCCUACGCUUCCCGUACGACUCGUGGGGCACGCCGUUCCAGCAGCUGAAGCAGGUGGUGGAGGAACCUUCACCCCAGCUUCCUGCCGACCAGUUCUCCCCUGAGUUUGUGGACUUUACCUCUCUGUGCUUAAAGAAAGUUUCCAAAGAGCGUCCGACCUACACAGAACUCAUGCAACAUCCCUUCUUCACCUCCCACGAGGCCAAAGAAACCGACGUGGCUACCUUUGUCAAAGUCAUCCUGGGGGACUGAUCUGCUGCUGCUGCUGCACCUGCGCAGGUGAAGCGGGGAAAACCUGUUUUGAAAAAGAAAAAAAAAGUAACAACAAACAAAAACGCACCAAUCGCAGCCCCCCCCCCCCCCCCUGAUGGACGGAGUGCAGAGGAGACAGUGGAGGAGCAGAAGGAGCAGUUUGUCCCCGCCCCCCUCCCCGGCCUCCGUGUCCUACCUGUGCAUCACCUGACGUGGGAGGGGCGGUGGAGGUGACCGGCUCCUCGCUCCUAAUCUGGAAUAAUUUAAGAUGUCUGUAUGCAAAGCCUCCCUCUUUGGUUCGAUUAAUCCCGCCUGUUGUGCACCGCCUACUUCUCAAAACGUCGUUGUUGUUCAGAGAGUUGACCACCGUGUGCGGACGGUCAGACUCCGGGGGUCGUCGUUUCUUUUUUUCGCCGAAGUGAACCGAGGCGCAGAUUCUAUAAAAAUAUGAAAGAUAUAAUAUCUAUGUAUAAUCUAAAUGUUUGUAUACUCAACGCAAGUGUUGCAUUGGUUUAAUAAUUGACUGCAUGUACAGAAUAUAUCCGUGAGGAGGAGCAGCUGCAGAGGCUUCAGUCUGCAGCCUCACGUCAAGGCCCUCCUAGUGGUCACCUAUAGGUACUGCAAUUCAACUGCUCUCCCUUGAUUACAGCAGAGGUCUACUACACGUUUUGGGCUCUGGCUGCCUGUGAGUGUGUCAGUGUGUGUUUGUGUGUGUGUGUGUGUGUGUGUCUAUGGGAUGAUGCAUGAUAUGUGUGUGUGUUUGCAAAGGCUGCACGAUUCGGAGGAAUUUGGGGACCCCCUUGAAAAUGAGAUGCUGCAUCUCAAGGGGGCUAUCCUGUAAUAGAUGAAUCACAAAUUAGGAUAAUGUUUUGUUUUUUUUAAACUUAUAUUUUUGGCCUUUUUGCCUUUUAUUUGAUUGGACAGCUGAUGAGAGACAGGACAUGUGGGGAGUAGAGA